UCACAACAGGGUAAGAUUUCAGGAGCGUUCCCUAAAUCGGUGCUUAAUAUAUGGAGCAUUAAAAAGUCCCCCCAUCAGAAAGCAUGUGGGAGAAAAGGCAAUUCAACUCUAGGCUUCAAAGCCUAAAACCCCCACUCUCCCCGCCUUUAUAUAUAUUUUUAAAAAUCGCUCUAACCGACUAAUUUUGUGUCCACUGUCCUAGAACCAUAACUUGAGCCGAUGAACAGGUAAACACCCAGCGGUACUCCUCUGCGCCUCUCAGGAAGGUGUUUUACACGCUGCACACCAUUUAUAAACAGAAACAAUAGGAAAGAGUUACAUUACGUUCUAAAUUAAUCCACCGAGGGGGAGAGGCUGUUUUGUCAUUCCCAGCCCGGAGCUCGGUACGACUAGCAUGUUAGGUAAUAAACAAAAGGGGGAGGGGACUGCCUCGUAAUUGCAAAGCUUUGUUAAAUUUCAAAUCGCUAAUUUCUAAGGACAAACAAUCACAGAUGCGAUUGUAAUAUCCGACACACAUUAUCUUAGCUAAUAAAUUUGACCUAUUGUUCGUUUGUUAAAAUGAUGUCACCUUGGAACAGUCCCUAAGCUCCUAUUUCAAUGAAUUAGGCCUUUAUUGAAAUCCGGGAGCCAAUGGGAGGAGAGAGGCUUGUUUAUCGCGGCCAAUGGCAGCGGCAGGACAGAAAUGAGACGCCGAAACUCCAGGUUUGGUUCAAAAAAAGAUGACACAGAGCCUGUCGGGCUGGACCACUCUUGGCAAAGUUUCAGUCUGACAGACAGCCGGACCUACAUGGAUCUACUGUAAGGAAAAGCGAGCGUUUUAUAGGGGAAUUCAUACAGGUGGGAGCCAAUAUUUCUAUUCACCCAGGAUGGAUCAGCCAACGAACACACAGACCCCGCAUCAACACGAGCCCAUCAGCUUUGGAAUUGAUCAGAUUUUAAACAGUUCUGAUCAGGAAAACGCGUCCCAGCCCGCCCCCAGAGGAUCCGACGGCACAAAUUACCUGGGAAGCCCCGUGAGCCGAACGACUGCCCCGUACCCUUCCCUCCCGGCCUCCUUCCCUGGCAUCGGGGCGCCUUUUGAAGACUCUGGAUCUUACAGUGUGAAUCUGAGCUUGGCUCCAGCUGGAGUGAUCCGGGUGCCAGCGCACAGACCCAUCCCUGGGGCUGUCCCACCUCCCAUUUCUAGCGCCAUCCCCGCGAUGCCAGCUGUCCCCAGCCUUGGCAGCCUCAACUUCCCCUGGAUGGAGAGCAGCAGGCGGUUCGUCAAGGACAGAUUCACAGGUAAAAGGCUGGUUUUUCACACAGCCCCGGGAGCCGCGGUGGCGAGGCAGACGGCGGAGGAGAGGGAGGCGGAGCGGCAGCAGGCCAGCAGGCUCAUGCUCCAGCUGCAGCACGACGCUUUCCAGAAGUCCUUGAACGACUCGAUCCAGCCCGACCCGCUGUGUCUACACAACUCCUCGCUCUUCGCGCUGCAGAACCUCCAGCCCUGGGAAGAGGAGAACGCCAAGAUCCCGCCCGUCACCUCGCUCGUGUAAACACUCUCGGGGGCGGGGGGUGGCCAGACCCAGGGCUCCUUCCCCACCUCGCCCUGCAUGGCCGGAGCCGGGCACGAAGCAGAGCUGGGCGGACAGUUGCCUCCGGCGGUCCCUACAGAGCGUGGGCCGAGGCCAGCUUCGGACUCCCCCGCCGAACUGUUCCCGGGCCGCAGCCGCCCGCCUGCGGCAAACCGGGGCGCGCUGCGGGAUGUCAGUGUGAACGCGCUUCUCCUGGAAGCCGGGAGUCCUGGACUGGUGAGACGGAAACUUGGACCACGGGCUCCGGGUGCCCCCGAAUCUACAGCCCCAGGGAACUUGCGGAACUCCCCGAGGGAGUGUGUUUGCAGCUGGAACCGGCGCCUGGGCUUUGCAAAGCGGUUUGCGGGGGGCGGAGGCCGCUCCUGGAGGUGAAGGAAGACGGGAUCUCAUCUCUGCUGGCCAGUCUGGGCGACAUGGGCUGGGGGAAAUAAGCAGGAAGCGCGAGAAAUUGCCAGAGGCAUAAGGAAAGUCACUCCGGUUCUCCCCCGGGGUGUGUGUAAACGGCAGGUUAUUCCGUGGCCGAGGAGAAAACAAUCAGCCGAGUAUUAUCACACUGGAGAACUGGCCGCUUUAGCAGCUCCGUUUGUAAAUUCAUAUCGCUCUCCCGUUAGGAAAAGGGGCCAGUCCCCUCGCUUUGGUAAGAAGUGUGAAACACUUCCAUGUAUGUAUGCGCUGCGAUCCCGGGCACGCUUAGUACCGACUGCUCCGCUAACCGGAUCAUGUAUUGCAAACUGGGAAGCGAGGAUUUCGGGUGGCCCUGGGGCAAAGGGCUCCUCCCCGCUGCGUGUAGGAUAGUCCGACAGCUAGCCCGCUUAGCAGAGGGAGGGAACGGAACUGGGGAGGCGUUCGCUUUAGGAGACGCCCGGGGAAAUCGGGCCGCGCAGGCCGCGCGAGGUCAAUGUCAGCUGUAAUUGACGCGCCCCAGUAAGAAGGGCUGCGCUCGGGCAAGGCGAUUUUCACUUCGCCCUGCGCGCCUCCCGGCUUAGCCCCGCAAAGCAGCACUUGGCCGUUAGAGAAAGCGCCUUAUGUUUCAUAAUGCAGAAGGUUUGGGGUUGGCACCGACCGUGUAUCAUACUUUGUACUUGCUGAGAUCUGUAAAUAAACGAUUUCUUU